AUGACAUCUUCGCAACAGCCGCCUCGGCCUUCGUAUGACCCUGAAGAUCCCGCAACAUACCAGCGACUAGGAGUCCCCGUACCAGUUUUGCUUCGAAUUCGAGAGCUACAAGCCUACAAGGAUUGGGUAGAAGAUGGCGGACUAGAUAGAUUCGCGACGGCGUAUGGCGUCAGGCCUGACUUCAUUUACCACCUCUCCGAUACCAAGCCUGCGGUGGUUUGGGCAUUCUACAUGGAGCUCGAGGCUGUGCCUGGUCUAGAGACUAUAAUGAAGCCAACUUCAAGGGCUGAUAUGGCUUGCAUGCCCAUCUCGACUGCGUUACAACUGAUACAAGAGACAGAAAACGGCUGGAGCAGCGAAGAGGAGGCCGAUAAUGAAGAUAAUAAGGGGCGCACGGAGAUCGAAGAGGAGCUGCAAGGUAGCGAAGAAGAGGGGGUUGAGGCGGUCACUCUCGAUCAGCACAAGGACGCGCAGGACGAAUCCGAAGAGGACCUGAUGCUUCUGGGCGCGAAUCGCGCAUAUCUCUCCUCGCCUUCCCGCAUCCGUAGCAUCUGGAGUAGCCCCAUGAAGCGAGGCCUCGCCGCUUAG